CAGUUGAGUUUUGGGUUGGACUGAGCAAGGAGGGAGCGAGAGCUGAGAGCGGGGAUCCGGGCCGCACCGGCCGAACCAGCUUGAUACUGAUGGACGUUGUAUGGGCCAAAGGCAGGGAUGGUUGGCUAUGACCCCAAAGCAGAUGGCAGGAAUAACUCCAAGUUCGAGGUGGCAGCAGCUGGGUCUGUGUCUGGACUUGUCACACGGGCGCUUAUCAGUCCCCUGGACAUCAUCAAAAUCCGUUUCCAGCUUCAGAUUGAGCGCCUGUCUCGCAGUGACCCCAAUGCAAAAUACCAUGGCAUCCUACAGGCCACAAGGCAGAUUUUGCAAGAGGAGGGCCCAGCGGCAUUCUGGAAAGGACACAUCCCAGCCCAGAUUCUCUCCAUAGGCUAUGGAGCUGUCCAAUUUUUGUCAUUUGAAGUGCUGACGGAGCUGGUCCACAGAGCCAACAUGUACAACAGCCACGAGUUCUCAGUGCACUUUGUAUGUGGUGGUCUGGCUGCCUGCACGGCCACCCUCACCGUGCACCCUGUGGAUGUUCUGCGCACCCGCUUUGCAGCUCAGGGUGAGCCCAGGGUGUAUAAAACCCUGCGAGACGCCGUGGUGACCAUGUUCAGGACCGAAGGGCCCCUGGUCUUCUACAGAGGCUUGAGCCCCACCUUGAUCGCCAUCUUCCCCUACGCCGGCCUCCAGUUCUCCUGUUACAGCUCCCUGAAGCGCUCCUACGAGUGGCUCAUGCCGGCUGAAGGAAAGAAAAACGAGAACCUCAAAAACCUGCUUUGUGGCAGUGGAGCUGGAGUCAUCAGCAAGACCCUUACGUAUCCCCUGGAUCUCUUCAAGAAACGGCUGCAGGUUGGAGGGUUUGAGCACGCCCGAGCUGCCUUUGGCCAGGUGCGGAGCUACAGGGGCCUCCUGGAUUGUGCCAAGCAGGUGCUGCAAGAGGAGGGUGCUCUGGGCUGCUUCAAGGGCCUGUCCCCCAGCAUGCUGAAGGCUGCCGUCUCCACGGGCCUUAUAUUCUUCUGGUAUGAACUCUUCUGUAACAUCUUCCACUGCACGAAGAAGGCAGACAGCCAGCGCUGAGGGCAGGAAGGGCCGGAGGUCUUCCCUGGAGGCAACCUGCCGAGAGAAGGAAGACUCGGUCUCCACUGAGGGGGCCACCUGGCCCAUCCCUGCAGGCCACCUGUCCUGAGCAAGAAGAGCCGCUGGGAGCAGGGUGGCAGCCUCGAACCCACCCAGCUGGAACACCGCCAGAAGGCAAGGGCUUUCCCCCAGGAGCAGGCAGAGAGAAAGCAGGGCCUGGGCUGUGGGGUGCCAACACCACAGUGAGGAAGAGUGAAGUUGCUGUUUGUCCUCCAUCCGGCCCAAACCCAAAGGACACAGAUGCCAUCCUACACUCCUCAGCCCGUCUGCCGGGAGAGCUCUCCUCGUUCCGGCUGGGCCACCGCCUGAGUGCAGAGGGCUGGCUUUGCGGGAGUCCGGUCCCCACACCCAGCCUAUGUUUCCCACCAACCUAUUCAACAGACAGUAAAGCUAAACGCACAUUCCUCACCUUAUGCCUCCCUCUUCCCUGACAAAUCACAUCCCUGCCUUCCUCAAAUUCCAUUUUUGUCUAUACCUGCAGCCCUCCGCAGCUCUGCUGCUAGUGCUGGAGGAGACUUCAGGCUGAGCCAGUCACUUCCUGACCCAGUGCCCAGAGCUUCGUGUCUGCAAACGCAGCA